CGUAGUGGCAGUCAACAAAAAAAGGGUGUCAGAAUAGAAAUAAAAAAUAAGUGUCAAAAAUAAGGAAAAUAAUGGACUUUGAAAGUCCCGAUGUUGAAAAGGAGUUUCCAGGACUUUACGCAUCUGAAUCAGCUCGGAAAAGUAACGAGAGUGACUUCAGUGACGAAGGACAUGACAAGCACUCGAAAAAGGAUCUUCUCGGUGGAAAACGAAAAGACAAAAAGGAUAGAAAGGACAAAGGGUAUGCUACCUUAGAAGGUGAAAGUUCACCUGAUGAAGAUCAGGAGACCAAGAGUCCUUCAAAAUCAAGGAAAACCAAAUUCUUCCCGAAGAAAGAAAAACGAGAAAAGUCACGAGAGAAGGAUGGCAAAGAAAAAGAUUCGGAUAAAGAAAAGAAGAAAAAGGACAAGGAUCAAAAGGAUGUUGACAAAGAUAAGCGAAAAGAUAAGGACAAAUCUAAGCAUAAAGUGAAGGAUCGGAAAAAAGGAAAGCACGGAGAAGAAUGCGAUAUUGGAGAAGAGCAACCAAUAUUCGGAGUGAGUUUGCACCUGGCAGUAGAAAGAAGUCGAUGUCACGAUGGAGUCGAAUUGCCUUUAAUUGUUCGCGACUGCAUCGACUACGUUGAGGAACAUGGAAUGUCUGUCGAAGGAAUUUACAAAAUUCCUGCUGUCAAAUCCAAGGUUCAGAAUCUUAAAAAAAUGUACAAUCAACGCGAGGCUGUAAAUAUUGCAGAUUUUGAACCGACGGUUGCUGCUUCUUUAUUAACUUUAUUUUUAAGAGAGUUACCUGAAUCUGUCUUGGAAACGAGUGAAACGAUAUCGCGUUUUGAGCAGGCAGCUUCGACAAAAGAAGUCGCUCAGAGAGAAUCUCAAAUUGCUGAAUUGACACAGCAAUUGCCAGAGUGUAAUCGAGUUCUUUUAGCAUGGGUUAUUUUACAUCUGGACCAUAUUACAUUGUGUGAGAAAACGACGAAAAUGAACGCUCAGACAAUUGCAAUGACGCUAAGUCCAGUCUUGCAAAUGAGCCAUAGAUUGCUUCUGGCUUUACUCUUCCACUGCAAAGCCCUUUUUCCAAAUACGCAAUUAUCCAAGUAUAUUCCUCCUCUGCCGGCUGGAAGCUCUUCUUUGCCGGACACUGCGGUAAAAAUAGCGGCCGAAUUAGCAAAGCAGGAAUCCCUGCUUUCGCAAAUUCAUAUGCAAAUGAAUGCCGGUUUUGUUACCAAAUCGCGUGAGGAGCAACUUUGGGAAGUUCAGCGUAUGAUCACUCAAUUGAAGAGGAAAUAUAAAACGGUACAGAAAUUGGAAGGUACUGUACAGAAAAGUGUGGAUGAGGAAGUAAAAUCGAGCGAUGAAUGUCACCCAGAAAUCAAACAGCAAAUUUCGAAACCAGCUUCAGAUGAAGAUUCGAGGCAACAAAAGGUUUCAGUUCAAGUUCAGCCUGAAAUAAUUUCAAAACAAAAUCAAUCGCGAAAUUCAGAGGCUACGAAGGAAAGCAAAGUUUUGGCAGAUAGUGUAGAUAAUGUGGAUAAUGUGGAUUAUACAAAAACUCAAAAUGCGGAGGAAAGCAAGAAGGCCGAAUCCAUUGAAAAAGUUUCAGAACCAAUCGUAGAAAAUCCGCUGGAUAAAAUCCGAGAAAGUAUGAUUUACGAGGAACUUUUGGACAUGAAAGCAUCGUUGACGGCUAAGUUGAUUCAAGAAAAAAACGAGGUUGAGAGGUUAGAGGAAAUGAUAGCAGAACGUGGAAGUAAAGAGACUAAAUCGAGGGAUAAGAGCCAUACUCCCAAUGACCUUGAUUUGGCAGCUAUUAUACAAUUGACGGACGAAAAUCUAUUACUAGAGAAAAAAAUGACGACUUUAAUUCGCAGCAUUGUGGAAGAAAAGGACGCGUGUGUGGAAUUGCGUGUUCAAUUGGCCUUGCAUCACCUAGCUGCCAAAAAUAGUGUACAAACCGUUAAGCAAAUUUAACUCCGUGCCUAGAACGAAUUAUAGUUUUUAAUUUAAAAGUGAAAAUGCCGUUAAUAUUUCUUUUGUAGAAUAUUCUAGUUAUAUAAAGUUUUCUUUUUUUUUUUGAAUGAAGUUCUAAUCUGAAAAGAUUAUCACUUGAAAGUUUAUAUGUUAAAACGUGAAAUAAUUAUACAUUGAAUGAUAAUAGGAC